AGUUCACCAUAAAGCAGGAUCUUAGGGAGGGAGUGGUUGGUCCUUCAUCCUGGAGACGUGCCCUGCCCAUCACAGCUGUGUUCUCUGCAACAUAGCCUCAAUAUUUGUGAUUGCUGCUUGUUCUAGAACAGAUGUAUUAGUCACAUAAUCUGAUCAGUAGAUGUUUAGGAUUGUUGAUGGAAACGUUCUAGGAGACACAGGUGGUGAUGGUAGAUGACCCAUGAUUCAGAUCCACGUAAAAGACUAGACAGCACAGUGGCUCUGUAAACACUGAUCUUUGUACUUUUCUUCACGUGUUUAUUUCACCAAACCCUUUUAUGGUUUUAUGGUGAUACACAGGAAUAGUAAAAAGCUGAUAUCUGGCCUGAGAAAUUGGAUCUAUGUGCAACGUGUGUGGGAAUCUCGUGAGACAGGGUGUGCACGCUCCUGUAGGCAAAUCCAGGGAGAAGACCAGCCCAGUCAUUGAACACACCUUGAUAAAGCAGUGCCUGGCAGGCACCUUUGGGCAGUGGCAGCAGAGCCUCUGACGCUCCCGGGCAUCUCACCAUGCGGUUUUCCAGGAUAAGGAUACUUAAAAUUGCCAAACCCGUGAUUUGCCUCAUUGUUGUAACAUACUUUUGCAUAUUCAUUGCUAGUUUCAUCUCCUUGGAGAAGACAAGGAUUUUCAGGAAAUUGAACAUUUUUCAACGUGCCCCAGACACGCAACAAGUGGACAACCAAAAGCAACAGGGUUUAAACUGUUCUGAUAAUGGGAACUCCAGGAGGUUUUUAGAGGUGACUUUGGGGAGAGACAUCACAAAGCUCAAAAAAGAUGUGGUGGAGAAGACACCAAGGUGGAAAGGAAAGGAGGAGGAGAAGAAAAUGAUGGAACCGCUUACUGGGGUUAAGGAAGCCAAGGAGAACAUGGUUGUGAAACCACCACCUCAGUUGGAGGGAAUCAAGAAGACAACAGUAAAAACAGUCCCUGUGGUGCAGGGAAACAAGGAGAAAAUGACAGUGAGACCAGCUCCAGGGAUGGAAGAAACCAAGGAAAAGAUGACAGUGAAACCCCUUCCCAGGGCACAGGAAGCCAAAGAGAAGGCAACAGUGAAACCAUCCUCUGGGGUGAAGGGAGCUCAUGAAAACAACACAUCCAAAGACCAAUCAAAACCCAAAGAGCCUCCUGCAUCAGUGAAAACUGUAAGACCUGUUCCUCAGGCUGCUGCAGUGACAAAAAAGACAAAACUGAGCGCUGCUAACUACACAUCUGAGCCACACUGGGAUUUUGAGGACAAGUACCUGCUGGAUAACUCCUCUCCAGCAUCGACCUGCUCUGAAUCAGUGAGGGCCAGAGCUGCCAAGUCUGACUGGCUGCGGGAUCUCUUCCUGCCCAACAUCACGAUCUUCACAGACAAGAGACACUUCAGUGACAGUGAAUGGAACCGCCUGGAGCAUUUUAUACCCCCAUAUGGCUUCAUGGACCUGAAUUAUUCACUGGUGAAGGAGGUCAUGUCCCUGCUGCCCCCGAAUCCCCACCAGCAGCUGCUCCUGGCCAACCGUAACAGCAGCAUUCCAACAUGCAUCAGCUGUGCUGUCGUGGGGAAUGGAGGAAUACUGAAUAACUCUGGGAUGGGCCAGGAGAUUGACUCCCAUGACUAUGUCUUCCGGGUGAGCGGGGCUGUAAUCAAAGGUUACGAAAAAGAUGUGGGAACAAAAACCUCCUUUUAUGGAUUCACAGCCUACUCCCUGGUUUCCUCUCUUCAGAUCUUGGGACACAGAGGGUUCAGCAACAUCCCACGGGAGAAACAUGUCAAAUACAUUCACUUCCUGGAGGGUGCUAGAGACUAUGAGUGGCUGAAGGCUCUUCUGUUCAACAAGGACAUCAGAAAAGGAUUCCUGAACCUCGGCGGGGAGAAGCCCCGGCAGAAAUUUGACAACGAUUUCACAAUGGACAGAUACCUGGUGGUUCACCCUGAUUUCCUCAGAUACAUGAAAAACAGGUUUUUAAAAUCUAAAAAUCUGGAAAAGCCCUACUGGAGGCUGUACAGACCCACAACAGGGGCCUUCCUGCUGCUGACUGCCCUCCACCUCUGUGACCGGGUGAGUGCCUAUGGCUACAUCACAGAGGGGCACGAGAAGUACUCGGAUCACUACUACGACAAGGAAUGGAAGCGGCUGAUUUUCUACAUUAACCACGACUUCAGACUGGAGAAGGAGGUGUGGAAAAAGCUUCACGAUGAGAAUAUCAUAAAGCUUUACCAGAGAUCCUGAUUGUGAGGCAAGGGCCAUUGCUUGGGAAAUCUCAACACCUCACUGUGAACAGAAGAGGACCACCAGAGCCAAGGUUAGUUCUGGGCUGCCAGGCACAUUUCAUCCCCACAAAGACAUUUCCCUCCUUCAGUGCCUCUGUUCUUUCACAACACUUCCACAAAUGUGUGAAUGCUGCAGACCCAGUGAAGAACAAGAAAAUGCAGAGUGCCAACAAAAUCCUUGUGGCUGUGCUGCAAGAUUCCUGCUGGUUUUUGUAGGCACAGGUAGUGGGAGAACAGAAUCCAGGAUGGAUCUGGACAGCAUAUGUGUCCUUUAUUUAAUCCAAGUUUUCUCUCUUUGCAAGGAGGUGUUCCUCAGGCUGGAGCUCCUUCUGUUCUGGUGGAUCCUCUCCAUUAGUGAUGCCCACUGUGGAGUUGGGUAUUGUCUAAAUAAGCUCCCUCAGGAGCCAGUGGAUGGAGAUGCACACACAGGCCCUGUCUCAGGUUGACUUUAAUUCUGGAGGUGCUGCUCUCACUCAGCUCCCUGCAGAUAAAAAGAAUGGACUGGACACUUCCAGGUGACUAACUCAAGAGAGAAUGAGUCUCACUUCUGCUUCCCAGUGUGGCCUUGUGACACUUCCAAAGGAGCACUGCCAUCAGCUCAGGGGCAGGUAACUGCUCUCCAUGGUGCAGCAGACAUGCAGUACCUGGUGCCUCUUGCUCCAGGGAUCCCAUGGCUGCACAAAAUGUGAAUUUUUUGGCAUGGUCCUGGUGUGCCAAGUCCUUGCUUAGCUGGACUUUGUCAUGCUUGGCUCCCAGCUGUGCCCAGAGCACUGUGUCUGUCCUGCCAGGGGAGGUGGGAGCUCUCCAAGCCUGGGGAUGGAUGCUACCCUUCCUUGCUGCUGGCUGGAGUGCCUGUCCCCCACGGUGCUGUGUGCAGGACACAUGCAGCAUGUUGGCCUUCUCAAAGGGGUUUUGUACAUAAAAUAAAUGGCACUACUUUGGCCAAGCUGA